GAUUAGCUCGUGCGCUUCCCCCUUCUCUCCUCGGCUCUCAGUCGCGAGCAGACUUUUGUCUCCGGCGCCGGUCACUCGAGCACCUGACGACUGGUUCAGCGGGCAACUCACGUGAGACGCAGGGCUCGUGCUCUUUGCUGAGGUCACGAGGUUGGGAAGUGGCGCGAGACCCUGCUGGUGCUGUGAGAGUAUGUGGAGACGCGUUUGACUAAAAAAGGAGGGCCGUCGCUGCUGGUCGCCCGCGCGCACACUCUGAUGAUGCUCCCGAGCCCCGUCACGUCCACGCCGUUUUCUGUCAAGGACAUUCUGAAGAUGGAGCAACAGCUCGCGCUGCAUACGCACGGACAGCACGGACUCCAGCUGCAGCAGCAUUUCCACUCCCCUCCCGCGUGCGCUCUCGGUGGCGCCGGCGGGGACAGUCCCGGUUUCUCCGACGGCGAGGAGAGGAUGUCGUAUCUGAACACGCUGUCGGAGCACGAGAGCCUGGUGGACUCCAGCCUCUCACCGGAGCUAUACGGCGCUCACGCGCUCACACUCCACUCCGAGGAGCCCAAGCUCGAGGCGGCGGACGGAGGGCGCGAGACGGCCAAGAGCUGCAUGGCGCUCGCGAAGGCACCGGAGAGCGAGCCCGAGGAGGCGGCGGUGGACGGGAGGCCGCAGCGGCAGCGGAGUCGGCGGAAACCUCGCGUGCUCUUCUCGCAGGCCCAGGUGUUCGAGCUCGAGCGCCGUUUCAAGCAGCAGCGCUACCUGUCGGCCCCGGAGCGCGAGCAUCUGGCCAGCACGCUCAAGCUAACAUCCACGCAGGUGAAGAUUUGGUUCCAGAAUCGCCGCUACAAGUGCAAGCGGCAGCGCCAGGACAAGACGCUCGAGAUGGCUGGAGGACACCACCAUCACGCCGGGCCGCCUCGUCGCGUGGCGGUUCCCGUUUUGGUCCGGGACGGCAAGCCGUGCCUCGCGGGAUCACAGAACUACAACGCCACGUACGCGGCGGUGGGUGCGAGCCCCUACGGAUACGGCAGCUACCCCCCCGCGUACACGUACAACAACCCGGUCUACACAAACACUUACAGCUGCACGUACUCCAGCCUCCCAGCGCUGCCCGCGAGCUCAUCCGCCGGUGCGCUCAUGGGCCUGCCGAACCUUGGUCCCGCGCCACAGCCUCCCGCCCCACAAGGUCCCCCGGUACCCGUACCGCAGUGCCAGGGCACGCUCCAGGGCAUCAGGGCCUGGUAGUGGUAGCCCAGCGGGAUGAACGGGACGGCCACAAACCGGAGGAGGAACACGAGGCUGGAGGGAGAGAGAGAGAGAGAGAGAGAGAGAGAGAGAGAGAGAGAGAGACGCGCGCGGGACUGCUGGAGCUAGGAUGCGCGAGACACUCUCUCGAGCGCAGGAUGGCGCGUCACUGAUGAAUUAAUACACUCUCGCGCGGAGGAGCCAGCCAGCAGCACUUGUGACGAUAUAAACAAUAUAAACAUGCUAUAUUGGUGUCAUUUUUACAUGAAGACUGUUGCUUAUAAAUAUCACACCUGAAUGUCACUUCAUAAAUACGACCGUUGCUUUUAAAUCAUUGGAUAUCAUGACCUCGGCUGCACAUCAUUUGGGGGGGAAAUGCGCGACGGUGUCCUGGAAAGUUCCAAAUGGUGACGUGCUCUACGACUGAUACGGUCAGCCGAUCCUUUUGAAAUAUAUUCACACUUCCCUUAACACUGACUUCAAUUUAUGCAUACAAUAAUUUCAAUAAAGGAUAUUGUAAUUGGUUGUU